AUGAAACAACAACGUUGGACAAGUUGUUCCUUGCUGUUACAGGAACAACUACAACACCAUUACUUUCUGUUCCAUCAGAAGAGGAGCUCUUGUCCUUCUUUCACUCCUUUGUUUCGGGAUUGUAUGAUGAUGGAAGAAGGAAGUUACACCUUGCCAUUAAGUAAGAGUACUUAUAUUUCCAAUCGAUUGACUCUAUGCUCGUCCAGUGUAUUGAAUCAUAAGCAAUGUAGUGUAGUGAGAAGUAUCCAAAUGCGGAAUUUUUCGACAAGGAAUGAUUUUGACGCUGGAGAUUCUGAGAGAAGUGAUCAGGAUGUCGCUCGGAAUAAUCACCCACCCAACUCUACCUAUAAUAAGGAUGUUUUCAAUUCCGAAAUGAAAAGAAUGUACAAAAAUACAUUGAUGCAUGAUCAGCUCAACCUUGACGACAACAAGAAAAAUUCAAGAUUUUGGAUUAAGGCCUUGAUUUCAAUCCUUUCAAUCAUUAUCCUUCUAAAGAUGAAGUCAGACAUUUACAAGGCAAUAUAUCCUUACGUGAGGCCACAUUUACCUAGAAUUCGAAACUUUUUAUUGCAUUACUCUCAACUGAAUAUUUCAGAGAUACUAUUUCAUGCGGAUGUUUCAAUCUUUCAAAAAUUGGAGUUUAUGCUAUUUCAUUAUUUGGCUAUAUUAGUUCAACUAUUGGAAGGAACGUAUCGAUUCUCACGUGUUGCAAGUGUAGGAAUAUCGUGUUUAUGGGACUACUAUACACACUAUGACUCCGAGGAAUGGAGGGAGCAAGUGGCACGCGAGGAACGACAUCAACUUUUUUCAAAAACAAGAGAGAAUGAUGAAACAAACAAUGUCCACACAGACGCCUCGGUUACAACUACAACCUCAAUGGAAUCACACGCCAAAAACAAGUCCAUCAUUGACCAAAUUCAUAAGAGAAAUGCAGAAAAGUUUUUAUCCCUCUUUACUGAGUUGGGAGGAAUUUUUGUGAAAAUUGGUCAGUACAUGAGCUCAAUGACGAAUUUUCUACCGGAUGCUUGGACAACCACUCUUCAAGUAUUACAGGAUAAGGUUCCUAGUGAGGCAACUUUGGAGGAAAUCAAAUCAAUGUUUGAAGAAGAACAUUUAUUGACCAAGAGUCAGACAUUUGAAGCAAUUUUUGAGAGAUUCGAAGCACAUCCAAUUGCAGCGGCUAGUUUGGCUCAAGUACACAAAGCCAAAUUAAGGAAAGGUUCCAUUCCUUCGUUGAAGGGAACAGAUUUAGAUGGUACUGAAGUUGCCGUCAAAGUACAAUAUCCAUCGAUACGAUAUUAUUACAAAGGUGACAUGAUUGCAAAAGGAGUCGCCUUGUCCAUUAUUCAAUUUUUUUUCCCUCACUACAACAUUUCAUGGAUGGGUUCCUUGUUGGAUGAGACAUUAAAUCAAGAAUUGGACUUUAGAAUUGAGAAGAGUAAUGCUGAAAAAAUUACUUCAUUGUUUGCUCAAGAGGAAGAAGGAAUGAAAAGACAACUUUACAUCCCAAGAGUAAUUUCGUCUCUUUCUUCAAAACGGCUUCUCACCAUGGAAUUUAUUGAUGGUGUGAAAAUUAGUGACACUGAUAAACUAAGGCAACGUUUUGGGGAGAAUGGAAUCGUAGAGGCUGCUUCCAUCACAUUUAAUGCAUUUGCGAAAAUGAUAUUCUUGCAUUCUUUCCUUCACACAGACCCACAUCCUGGAAACAUUCUCGUUCGUGCACAUCCAAACUACAAGAAUAGAGUGCAGGUUGUUCUUAUCGAUCAUGGACUUUAUCAGAAGUUAUCCCAUGAUUUUAGUGUUAAUUUUGGAAGAUUUUGGCGUGCACUGGUGUUGAAGGAUAAUGUUUUUGUGAAGAAGUAUUGUCAGGAUCUUGGAAUUGAGGACUACCAACUUUAUGCCUCCAUCAUUCUGAUGAGAGGUUAUGACGAUACGAGCGAUGUUGGGUUGUUUAAUCACGGCACCAAGAAGGAGUUUGAAAGUUUUAUUAAGGGAAUCAUUGAGCACAGAAUGGAAAGAUUUCAACAAAUGAUUCGCAACAUGCCUUCAGAAAUGUUAUUAAUUAUGAGGACAAACAAUUUACUGAGAUAUGUCAAUCAGUCGCUUGGGGUCCCUGUAAAUAGAUAUGUCAUUUAUGCGAGAGUGGCCUCCAAAGGUAUUCAUCGACAUUGUGAAAUGUCCUCACGCCACCACAACUCCACAACAAGAAUUAUUUCACUUUGGAAGUACUUGAAAGAAAAAUCUGUUAUUGCAGCAGAACAAAUUCAUUUCGAGACAAUUUUGGCUCUUUAUCAGCUCAAGCAAUGGUUGUGGAAUUGGUAUUAUCGACAGUUGAUAUUUAUUGGAUUCAUGAAACCAAUUCGAUUGAGAGUUGAGAAGAAUGACUUGGAUGUAGUGUUGGCUGCAUAA